GUGGUCGAAAUGGUUAUGGUGCAAAGCUGUGCAAUAUAUUCAGUACCAAAUUUACAGUGGAAACAGCAUGCAAGGAAUAUAAGAAGCUUUUUAAACAGACAUGGACUGUAAAUAUGACUAUGGCAGGAGAGACAAAAUUGAAGCAUUUUGUUGGCGAGGACUUCACACGUGUUACUUUCCAGCCUGACCUGUCCAAAUUUAAAAUGACUGUAUUGGAUAAAGAUACUGUGGCUCUUAUGUCUCGCAGAGCCUAUGAUAUUGCAGGAACAGCUAAAAAUAUCACAGUAUUCUUAAAUGGAAAGAAAUUACCUGUCAAAGGAUUCCGUAGUUACGUAGACAUGUACAUAAAAGAUAAAGUGGACGACACUGGCAAUGCACUGAAAGUAAUCCAUGAAAAAGUUAAUGACCGGUGGGAAGUGUGUCUAACCAUGAGUGAAAGGGGUUUCCAACAAGUUAGUUUUGUCAAUUGCAUUGCAACGACUAAGGGUGGCAGACAUGUAGACUAUGUUGCUGACCAGAUUGUCAAUAAACUCAUAGAUGUAGUAAAGAAAAAAAACAAAGGUGGGGUUGGAGUGAAGCCUUUCCAG